GUGGUUUGUGUAAUUUGUUACCGGAGAAGUACUUUUCAAGUAUAUAUUACAUCAUUUUCGUCGGAAAAGUCAUAGGUUUCUUUAAAAUCGGUACCACCACUAUUCGUUUUGGCAUUUUGAAAUAUAUACAUAUAUAGACAAGAAGAUUUUUAUUGCGUCUAAUAAAAAUUAGGAUCAUUUGUAGUUUCAAAAAAUAACCUUAUACUUUCUGCUGACAAUAAUGAAUGUGUCACUGGAAGCUAAUGGUUUUAUCGAUGAAAUUCUAAAACUUACUGAGCUACAAGAAAUGAAGGUGGCUAUGAAAAAUAAUGUUCUGGCAGGAUUUUUUGUAGGUGUAACAACACUGUGUGGUGGUUUAUUUUUUGGCCCUCUAGGAAUUGCAAUUGGUAGUACAUUUGGAGGGUGCACAGCUUCGUAUGUAUUACGUGGGACCUUUAAAUCAGUACCACAAAUAAUAAAAGAAGAUCUUACGCCUGAGCAAAGGAAAAAACUGGCAGCUUCUGUGCAGGAACUUUGUAGUACUCACAACAUACAAACAGCUCUUCAAUUAGCCUUGUAUUUGAAAGAUGACAAAGCAUUACUUCUAAUGGUCAUUCAAUUGAUCAAAACAUUUUUGGAAUCUGAAUUGGCUGUAAAAACUAUAGAAUCGUGUACACUACCAAGUUCUAAAGCAUGAUUUAUAACAAUUUAAAGAUCAAUUUCUCACCUAUUAACUAUUUAAAUUAAUCACUUUUUUAACUAGUAUGUGGCGAAGAGAAAACAUCUCCCCUGUGUAAGCAAGAUUAAAGAUAGGAUAGACAGAUAUUAAAUUUAAAACAAAGUCAAUAUAAAUGCGGUGCUGCAGUUUUGUUUAAUUCGUACUAUUGUGUAUUUUUUUAUUUAACAAAAUAAACAUAUUGAGAUUAGUA